AUGCUUUUCAAGACUCUUAUCGCUGUUCUUCCCCUGCUGGCAGGGAUCCAAGUGAACGCCUCGCCAAUCCUUAUCGGUCGUAAAGGUGGAAAUGACACUUCGGUCAGUAUGGGAGAAGGGGGAAAUAGUACGUCGAACUCGUCGAGUAACAACACUAGUAGCGAAGGCGGUAGUAGCGAGAAUAGCGGUGGUGGUGGUGGUGGUGAAAGUGGUAGCAACGAUAGUAAAGGUAGUGAAAGCAAUAGUAGCUCGGAGAGUAGUAACAGCGAAAGUGGAUCUGGAAGUGGCUUUUCGAAAAAUGACGAAACUGUCAUCUUGUUCGCUCUCGCUGCUGAAACCCUCGAGUCGAACUUUUACGAAGUUGGUUUGAAGACUUUCUCGUCGGAUCAUUUCGAACAAUUCGGAUAUAGGAAUGGUGAUGCUGUGAUUGAACAACUUACUGUUAUUCAAGAACAAGAAUCCAUUCAUCUGAGUACUUUGACAAGUGUCGCACAAGAAGCUUCUAUCGAUAUUUCCGCCCUCGGUCAAUGUUCUUUCGAUUUUUCUUCCGCAAUGGUCUCUGUUCAAACGUUUAUCGAGACGGCUAGGAUCUUCGAACUUGUAGGAGUUGGAGCAUAUGAAGGUGGAGCUCUUUUAGUCGAAAAUCAAGAAUUGUUAAUUUCCGCUUUGAGUAUUCAUGCUGUGGAAGGUGUUCAUAGUUCUAUGGUCAAUCUCCUCGGAGCAAGUUCCCCAUCUUCUUCACCAUUCGCGGUACCUCUUGAACCUCAACAAGUAUUAGGCAUGCUAAGUCCUUUCGUCAAAGGUUGUGAUCUUGGUGGAUUGUUAGGAAUUACUCCUUCGACAGCACUUACGAUCACCAACACUGAAACUAUUACCGUCAAUACUCAAUUAUCUUUCGAUAUGUCUAUUUUCCAAGGUCAAGAUACUUCUAAAUACUUCUGUAACAUCAUCUCUGGAAGUAACACCAAAGGAAUCGUCAUGCCAAUGUCAAAAUGUAUCAUCCCUGAGAAAAUCGAUGGUGUAGUCUUCGCUUCCAUUGUUUCCAGUGAUGUAGAAUUAGAUGUCAACAUUGUGAUCCAAGAUGAAACUGUCAUCGUAGCUGGACCCGUACCUUUCGUAGUUUACGAAAGCGUCACCAUCAUUUCCGAAGAGAUCAUUUCCAGUUCUUCAAUCUUUGGUUUUUCCGCAUCCGGAUCUGAAUCUUCAAACUCCAACUCGAAUUCCAAUUCCAACUCUGAUAUCUCAUCCAUCUCGAAUUCCGGUUCGUUAAACUCCGGUUCUUUAUCUUCUUCAAUUUCUAACAUCCUUUCAAACCCAUUGGUCUCUGCUACUUCUCUAAUCGAUGGGUCGGAUGUCAACGUCCCUCCUGAGAUCGCACAAUUGAGACAGGAAUUAGGUGUCGUUCAUCCUGUUUCGAAUGGAGGAGCGGGUGCUAUUUCCCUCGGAUGGUUGGGAAAAUGA